UUCUCCCCACGUUGUCUUCUGUUCACACGUGACAUCACUUCCUGUGCAGAGCUUCCAGAGGUGUUCCUCCUCCAGAAGACGCCAUCCUCUCCAGUCACCUGCAUGGCGACAGGUUUCUACCCCGACUUAGCCGACCUGUUUUGGAGGAAAGACGGUGAGCAGAUCUUCGAGGACGUGGAGCACGGAGAGCUGCUCCCCAACCACGACGGAACCUUCCAGAUGUCGGUGGAGCUGAAAGUGGAGGUGACGGCCGAGGUGGAGGGCAAGUACGAAUGUGUGUUCCAGCUGUCUGGCGUCAAGGAGGACCUGGUCACCAAGCUGGAGAGAAGAAGCAUCCUGAGCAACGCAAGCCCCGGGAUGUGCUGA